GCCGCCGCCAAGAUGAUGGAGGAGAUAGACCGGUUCCAGGUGCCCGCCGUGCGCGCCGAGAUGCAGCCGCUGGAUCCAACAGCUGCAGCUAUUUCAGACAGAGAUUGUGAUACGAGAGAGGGAGAGACUGUAGCCAUGAACUAUAAGCCAUCUCCACUUCAAGUGAAACUAGAGAAGCAGAGGGAGCUGGCUCGGAAGGGGUCCCUGAAGAAUGGCAACAUGGGAAGCCCAGUUAAUCAGCAGCCCAAGAAGAACAACGUGAUGGCACGAACAAGACCCGGGAAGAUGCAUGGACAGCUGAGCCAGUGGUAG